UACCAUUCGCUUCCGAGUGCACUUCAACACGUCCUCGCCCGGCACACAGCAAUUAGCAGCAAAAGCUGUGACGUUCUACUGUGCAUGCCAUGAGGAGUAGCACGGAGAUUAUCUACCGCGUGUGGUUCAACCGUUCAACGCCUGGGAGGAGGAUCGAUGCAUCGCGAUCACGCAUGAUCACACCACGGGAUCACCAGUCAUGGCCUAGCGCAUGACGGUGGUCUGUUUCUGCAGAUUGUAUAAAACCAAUUCGCUCCAGUGGAAUGACCACCAGUGAGGAGCCACCAUGUUCUGCGAUACGCGAUCCAACAAAGUGCUGGAGUUCUACCGAGGAUCCACGAUCCUGUUGGUUGGUGGAACGGGGUUUGUGGGGAAAGGGUUGCUGGAGAAGGUGCUCAGAAGUUUGGAUGUGAAGAAAGUGUACCUGUUGAUUCGCAGCAAGGGAGGGGUUGGUGCUGAAGAUCGUUUGGAGAAGCUGCUGGAGGAUCGUCUGUUUGAUCAAGUGAGGAACCAGGUGGGAAAAGUGGAAGCCGUGGAGGUUGAUUAUGAUUUGGAGUGUUUAGGGCUGGAUGACGGCGUUGCUGAAAGGUUGCAGAAGGAUGUGGAAGUGGUGUUUUACUGCUUGGCUGAUGUUAGUUUCAAUCGACCGUUGAAGGAAGCAUUUCAAACGAAUGUUCAGAUUGGGAAGUAUGUGUUGAAGUGGUGUAGAAGUUUCCCGAAUUUGAAAUCAGUGGUGUACACGUCAACGUUCUACAGUGAGUGUACCAAGAAUUUUGUGGAAGAAAAGAUCGCUGAUGACUUGCCUUUCGGGAAUUACAAAUUGUGCAUGAAGAUGUUGACAGGUUUAACCAGUGAAAAAUGUGAAAGCAUCAGGGGUAGUAUGUUAGGAGACUACCCGAAUACAUACACAUUUACCAAAAAGCUUGCGGAAAUUAUGGUUCAGAAGGAGUUCGCAGGAGAUUUGCCAAUUGCAGUCUACCGACCGUCUGUUGUAUCUCCUACGUACCGAGGACCCCAACAAGGGUGGACAGACAACUUCUUCGGCGUCGGUUCUUUCAUUCGAGCCAAGUUCGAUGGCGUUGGACGGGUGAUUCUUGGAGAUAUGAACCAAAUAGGCAACCAUGCUCCAUUGGAUUACUGCGUGAAUGCCAUGCUAGUUUGUGGUUACGAUGUAUCACAACGAAGAUCCAGUUGCUGCCAAAGUCUGCCAGAGUUGACCGUCUACAACCAUGUCAGCAAAACGAACAAGUGUACGAACGACGAUGCGAUGCGGUAUAUGGCAGAGAGUAGACCACAUUUCUGGCAGCGAUGGAAUUGGAAACAUUUAUUCGCAUCAACUACGAACAAGAGGGUCUACUAUUUCAUGCUUCAUCUCUGCUACUGGUAUGUAGGAUUCAAAGAUCUGAUGGCCUCUUGGUUAAAAGGAGCAAAUGGAAAAGAUCGGUAA